GUUUUUUAUUUCUUCUUUCUAUUAAACAUUUUUUUUUAUUCUUGUAAAUUUUAAAAUUUUUUGGCGGUUUUCUAUUUUAAAAAGUUUUAGUUAAUGAUAAAAGUCAGAUGUGUACUCGCUCCGUUUAUUUUAGGCUAACCGCUAACGUUUGUCAGAGACGAGUUUACGAGUAAAUAUAAUGGGGAACCAAAUAGGGAUUACAAUGUAAUUAACCCUCCUUAAUUUGAUUUUGGUUCUUAUGCUAACUCGCAUUUAAUUUUUGCCUCAAUUAUGGAGCGAAGAAUGGAGGAUCAGAAGUCAAAUAAGCUGCUGAUACUCUACGCCUCGCAAACCGGUAACGCAUUGGACGCCGCCGAGCGUGUCGGCCGUGAAGCCGAGCGCCGAGGCUGCUCCGUUGUUAUUCGUUCCAUGGACGACUUUGAUGCUGGAUCCUUGCCUCAAGUGGACACUGCAAUCUUUGUUGUUUCUACCACAGGCCAGGGAGAUACUCCGGAUUCAAUGAAGGUGUUUUGGAGGUUUCUUCUGCAGAAAUCUUUGAAAAAGCAAUGGCUUAAAGGUGUUCAUUAUGCUGUAUUUGGAUUGGGUGAUUCUGGCUACCAGAAAUUCAAUUUUGUUGCAAAAAAGCUUGAUAAUAGACUUUCAGAUCUUGGGGCUAUGGCUAUUGUUGAAAGAGGUUUAGGAGAUGAUCAGCACCCUUCUGGGUAUGAAGGUGCUCUGGAUCCGUGGAUGCAAUCUUUGUGGAGUAGGUUGCAUCAAAUUAAUUCUUCAUUCUUCCCACAAGGUCCAGAUUUUGUGAUACCGGACACAAAAUUAAUUGGACAACCAAAAGUUCACAUCACAUAUCAUAUCAUUGGUAACGCAGAUUCCCGAUUAUCUAUUGCCUCAGAUUUUAAAGGUAUCCAGACACAACUUGAGAGCGCACGUUCCAUGUCUCCUGGAAUAUUCUCCAGUUACAAGAAUAAGCCUGAUUGCUUUCUUAAAAUGGUAAAAAAUCAACCAUUGACUAGAGAAGGGUGCGGAAAGGACGUGCGUCAUUUUGAAUUUGAAUUUGUUUCAGAGGUCAUUGAAUAUGAAGUUGGUGAUGUUGUUGAGGUUCUCCCUUGUCAGGAUCCUGCUGCAGUAAAUGCUUUCAUACAGUGUUGCAACUUAGAUCCAGAAGCAUUUAUCACCGUUCAUUAUAGAGAGAUAAAUAAUAAUCUUCCUACUACAGAGAUCCCAAUAAAAUUAAGAACUUUUGUGGAAUUGACUAUGGAUGUUGCAUCAGCUUCCCCUCGACGCUAUUUCUUUGAGGUUAUGAGUUUUUUUGCAACAGCUGAACAUGAAAAGGAAAGACUUCAAUACUUUGCCUCACCUGAAGGAAGAGAUGAUCUGUACAAAUACAACCAGAAGGAAAGAAGAACUGUUUUGGAGGUACUAGAGGAUUUUCCGUCAGUGCAAAUGCCAUUUGAUUGGCUGGUGCAGUUGGUUCCUCCAUUAAAAACAAGGGCUUUCUCCAUUUCUUCUUCCCUUUUGGCACACCCCAAUCAAGUGCACUUGACUGUCAGUGUUGUGUCAUGGAUGACACCUUAUAAGAGGAAGCGGGUGGGUCUCUGCUCAACGUGGCUUGCAGGUCUUGAUCCUCAACAAGGCACAUAUAUUCCAGCAUGGUUUCAUAAGGGUUGUCUUCCACGUCCAGCACCAUCAGUUCCCCUCAUUCUUGUUGGACCUGGAACUGGAUGUGCACCCUUUCGUGGAUUUGUGGAAGAAAGAGCCAUUCAAACUUUGACUGGUGCAACUGCUCCAAUUAUCUUCUUCUUUGGUUGCCGAAACGAGAAGAAUGACUUCUUAUACAGAGAUUUUUGGUUGUCUCAUUCACAAAGCAAUGGGGUACUUUCAGAAGCAGUGGAUGGAGGGUUUUAUGUUGCCUUCUCAAGAGACCAACCAAAGAAAGUUUAUGUGCAGCACAAGAUGCUGGAACAUAGUCAGAGGAUUUGGAAUUUGCUUCUCAAGGGGGCAUCUAUAUAUGUUGCAGGCUCGUCAACCAAAAUGCCCGCAGAUGUUUGGUCAGCCUUUGAGGAAAUAGUAUCGGAAGAAAGUGGCGCUCCAAAGGACUCUGCUGCAAUCUGGCUUAAGUCUUUGCAAAGGGCUGGUAGAUACCAUGUUGAAGCAUGGUCUUGAACUAUGCUUUUAUUUAUUAAUUUUCUUUUGGUUACUGGCAAUCAUUCAAACAGGAAGGAGAAAAGGUACUCCAGAUUAAAUUUAUUCCAUUGAACUGCAAACCGAUUACUUGAAUUUGAAUUAGAUGGCCAUUGAUAUAGGUAAAGGAGAUAUUAUAGAGUGUUGGAGAAAGCUUGCGUAACAGUAGUCGAAUAUUGUAAAAUGGCGGAAACUGCUUUAUAUUUACAUUAAGGCUAUGUUUCAUCAACAGAGGGGACUGUCGGAGAGAAUUAAUGCUUAAGUAUUUGUCUUUCUUGCGAUGUUGUUUUGAAAGUGUUAGAGCAAUAAUUUAUUAAGUUCAGAAAUUGGAACCAACUCAGCAUCUUGUUGUGUCAAGUUAUAAUUUAU